AUGCUUCUCUUGUCGGCCAGGCAGAGCGCUGUAAGGCGCCUCAUUACUUGGCUCGUCUUUGCAUUUUCCUUCGCCCCCUCUUUCUCUUUCCCCACAAAUCCCUACCACGAUCAGACCAACGAUGUGUCCUUGGUUCCCCGUCAGCCAUCGUUGAUUAAAGACACCUUGGUCCUGUAUUAUAUUGAAGAUGAAGCGAAGCCAGGAUUCAACAAGUACGACUAUAGCCGCUUCAAGUACGGAGAUACGAGGUUCGCAAGCCAGUAUGGUCAGGAGAUGGCCAAUCUCGCUUGGAAGCAACUUAUCAAGCCUAUACUUGACAAAGACCGGGCAAGCCACAGGCCACUAACACGAUUCGCAACCAUGGUCUCGCAGGGGUCGCUGCCUACAGCUGCCACAACGUUCGAAAGCGCCUUCUGCCAAUACCUAAACCGCUACCUAGCAGCAGAGGGUGCUUACGCCGUGCUAAGUGUUCCCAUUCUAAAGGCCACGUCGGCCUCGCAGUCGGGGGAUUACGCCACCAUGUCAGACGCAGACAGGGAGAAUCUUAUGAACAAUGAACACUUCACCUUUGACCGGCAGGCCAUCGAGGGUAUGGUCGUCUUGAACCUCGACGACAUCUACAUUACGGGUGGCCACGAAAGAGCGAUCCGGAGAACAUUCCAGGAGGAGGCAGCUGCUGGUCGCCAUCACGACGUCUACUACCUAUACAUCGCCAAGCUUGCAAACCCAAAGAUCGACCCAGCCAUUGAAACUCGGCUCAACGAGGUAGCUGUGCCCCAGUUCAAGGACUUUAAAUCUAUUAUUGAGGGGCCCAUGUUUAUCAUCGAGAACCGGUUCGUGAAGCGAAUGCUGAAGGCAGGCAGCGCUGAGCUGAAAGGGCUUCUUAGCAGCCUGAAUCAGGGGAAGGAUUUUGCGGGGAGACUUUAUGACGCUGCUAUCAUGAACGACUUUCACAUGGGAGGCAAUGCUUAUAAACCAAACUUGAAGCUUGUACAAGCGAUGGCUGGACUUUAA